AGUGCUAUGCGGGAGCAGUACAUGCGCACCGGCGAGGGCUUCCUUCUGGUAUACAGCAUCACAUCGCGGAACUCGUACGAGGAGAUGCCCACCUUCCAGCAGCAGAUUCUGCGCGUAAAGGACCGCGACUACUUCCCCAUGCUCAUCUGCGCCAACAAGUGCGAUCUCGAGUCCGAGCGCCAGGUUGCCUCGCAGGAGGGCCAGGAGAUGGCCAAGGCCUUUGGCUGCCCGUUCCUGGAGACCUCGGCCAAGACAAAGAUCAACGUCGACGAGGCAUUCUACACACUAGUCCGCGAGAUCCGUCGCUACAACAAGGAAUUCGCCUCGCUCUCUGGCGGCGGUGUCUCCGGCGGUAUGAGCGGCCCUGGCGGCGGCUACGGCGGCGCCCCCGAGGACAACGCUGGCGGAUGCGGCUGCAUCAUCCUGUAAGGCGG